UGAGACUGAGAGUGAGUGAGGGGAGGCUGAGAGCACUGAGAGUGAGUGAGGGGAGACUGAGAGCACUGAGAGUGAGUCUGGGGCAGUGAGGGGAGGCUGAGAGCGCACUCAGGGCAUUACAUGGAGGAAAAGACCUGAUUUCAGGAUCCAGGUGACCCGGCUCUGGACCCUCCGCAGGUUUCGGCAAAUAAUAAUGACGGGACCCAUGCCCCAGGAGCCCACGCGGCCCCCGGACGUUAUCCCUGGCACGGCUUUUGACCAUGAAGGCUGCGCACGUUCUGCUGGCGGCAAGGGGACCGGGCUGUAUGCCAGGCGCUGGGGCAUCGUCCUGCUGUUUAGCGCCUACUCGCUGUGCAACGCCUUCCAGUGGCUGCAGUACGGCAUCAUCAGCAACAUCUUCGUGGACUAUUACGGGGUCAGCAGCCUCGCCAUAGACUGGCUCUCCAUGUCUUACAUGUUGGCCUACAUCCCUCUGCUGUUCCCCGUGGCCUGGCUCUUGGACACGCGUGGCCUCCGUGUCAUCGCCCUGGUCGGCUCUGGUCUGAAUUGCCUAGGGGCUUGGAUUAAGACUGGCAGCGCCCGGCCGGACCUGUUUGCGGUGACGUUUUGUGGCCAGAUGGUGUGCGCCGUGGCCCAAGUCUUCAUCCUCGGAAUGCCGGCUCACAUCGCGUCCGUCUGGUUCAGCCCUUCCGAGGUGUCCACGGCCUGCUCCAUCGGGGUGUUCGGAAAUCAGCUGGGUGUAGCAGUCGGCUUCCUUUUGCCCCCGGUCCUGGUGCCUAAUGUGGAAGACAAGGCCCUCCUUUCCCACCACGUCGGGGUCAUGUUCUACGGCACGGCGGCGGCAGCGAGCGCUCUCUUCAUCCUGGUCGUCUUCGUGUUUCAGGCUGCCCCUCCGAAGCCGCCGUCUCUUGCGCAGGUGGCGCUGCUCGAUGCCCCCCCCGGGCAGUAUUCCUACAGACAGUCCAUCGUGCGCCUGCUCCGGAACCUCAACUUCAUUCUGUUGGUUGUGUCGUACGGACUGAACACCGGAGCUUUCUAUUCACUCUCCACGUUACUGAAUCGAAUGGUUACUCACCACUACCCGGGCGAGGAGGUGAACGCCGGCCGCAUCGGUCUGACUAUUACCGUUGCCGGGAUGUGCGGCGCUCUGCUCACCGGCUUUUGGCUGGACAAGACAAAGACCUACAAGCAGACGACGCUAGCCGUGUACAUCCUGUCGCUGGCUGGGAUGGUGAUCUUUACGUUCAUCUUGAGUCUCGGACACCUCUGGGCCGUCUUCGUCACUGCUGGAUGCCUGGGCUUCUUCAUGACCGGAUAUCUGCCCCUCGGGUUCGAGUUUGCAGCAGAGCUGACGCAUCCAGAAUCUGAAGGGACGUCGUCCGGACUUCUCAACGUGGCGGCGCAGGUGUUCGGGUUGAUCUUUACCACGGCUCAGGGGCAAAUCCUGGAGAAAUUUGGAGUUCGGGCCGGGAAUCUCUUCCUGUGCAGCUUCCUGCUGGCGGGCGCGCUGAUCACAGCGUUUAUCAAGCCGGAUCUGCGCAGACAGAGGGCCAAUCAGGAGGCGGCUAAUGCCCCCCUGGCAGCCCACGCCGGGCACCGUAUCGGGUACGGAUCAGCAGGUCAGGCGCUUCCGGUCGGAAUCGCUGCAACAUCCAUCAGACUCCAAGGCCACCCCAGGAGCUCUCCUUUCUGAAUAGAUCCUGGCUGCCCCCCGCCAGGUGCCUUUUACCCCCCGCCAGGUGCCUUUUACCCCCUUCCACCAAAGGAAUCUUCCUAGUGACAAGACGCUGGGUGUCGGGGCCGUGCAAUGAUGUCAAUAAAAUUGUUUAUUCACACAAUAAAA